GUGUUACAGAUUUCAAAAUUCUCUUCCUCUUUAACACUAUAUAAAGCGAGGGAAAGAGAGGGAACCUCAAACUGAUACGAGGAAUAUUAAAUAGGAGGAACACGUGUACACAUUAAAGAUGAAGAAACAGACCCUUGUUUUUUGCUUGGUGGUAGCCACACUUAGUAUAACCCUGGCUAAAGACGAAACGGAACAGAAGCAGAAGAGACAGUUCGCGGCAGCUCUACUUGGGCUUGGAUCUUUGUUUGGGGAGCUGUUUGCAGAAGCUGCAGCUGAAACUGCAAUAGGGGCCGGUUUGGGCUUAGCAGCUGGGACUGUUAUUGCAGCAGGUGCUAGUGCAAUACACAACCACCACCACACGGUAGUAGAUUCAGCACCUGGUAUUGAGGUUGCUACAGGCGUCAUACGCGACCCGUACAUGCCGCCAGUAGUAGCGCUGUCACCUUCAGUCGUCCAGACUCAGACGGUAGCUGUAGCGGCUCCACCAGCAAAUUCAACCCUGUGUGAAAGUACAGGGUUCUGCACUUCUGAUAAUUGCGACCUUGGAAAUCACCUAUUUGUUGGAAACGUGUUGUGCACCGGGAACCGAAAAUGCUGCAUUCCAUCUGGUACUUGUGGUGUUAAGGCAAAAGUUGGACAACUCGAAGUUAAAGGUCCCGGGGAGUGUCGCCUUUCUGGUACCGUCCACGUGUGUCAUGAUGACGAGGAAGUGACCACUGACCUGACGUGUAAUUCUGGGUACACCUGCUGUGUAGAUAAGAACUGUAAGUAAA